UUUUAGAUCAUGGUUCUAUUUUUAGCAGAAGGGAAUUAUCAGUGAACUGGUGUGAACCAUAUACUAUGCAAGCAUUUUUCCUAUUUCAAAUGCAAACCGAGAUGGUGGUGGGUAAACAAGAGUGAAAAACUUCCCAUCAUAAGAAAACAAAAGUAGUGAAGUUUAAAAAGUGUGACACUGUUGGUAUUGUUGUUCCUUGUCAGCUCUUCACCUUCUUACCUUCAUAUUAUUUGUGGUUGUGAGUAGAAGAAGAAGUAGAAGAAGAAGAAGAAGAAGGGAAGAGAAGAAAGAAAGAGAGAGAUGGGGAGAGGAAGAGUUGAAUUGAAGAGGAUUGAGAAUAAGAUCAACAGGCAAGUGACCUUCUCCAAGAGAAGGAAUGGUUUGCUGAAGAAGGCUUAUGAGCUCUCUGUUCUUUGUGAUGCUGAGAUAGCUCUCAUCAUCUUCUCUAGCCGUGGAAAGCUCUAUGAGUUUGGAAGUGCUGGUACAAGCAACACGCUUGAGCGAUAUAAACGUUGUUGUUACAAUGCUCAUGAUCUCACAAUCGCUAAUCGUGAUUCGCAGAACUGGUGCCAAGAGGUGUCCAAGCUUAAAGCUAAGUUUGAAUCACUGCAAAGAUCUCAGAGGCAUUUACUUGGAGAAGAUCUUGGACCACUAAGUGUGAAAGAAUUGCAGCAAUUGGAGAGGCAACUUGAAACUGCCCUUGCACAAGCUAGGCAAAGAAAGACACAGAUAAUGCUGGACCAAAUGGAAGAACUCCGAAAGAAAGAACGUCACCUUGGAGACAUAAACAAGCAACUCAAAAGCAAGGUUUUGCUCUUCAACACAAAUCUACAAGAAGAAGGAGUCUCAUUCAGUGCUAUUCAAGGUUCAUGGGAAGGAGAUAUCAGUACUGCACUUCCCAACCAUGGAUUCACUUUGCAUCCUCAUUCUAGCUCAAUGGAUGCUCCCAUUCUUCAAAUAGGGUAUCAUCCCUUUGUUCCUCCUGAAGCAGCUGCCAUGCCAAGGAACAGUAAUACUACUAAUCAUGGGGAGAACAACUUCAUGCAUGGUUGGAUUCUUUGAUAAAAGGUUGGACUGAUGAAUUGACAAACUUAUAUUUCUAUGGUUGUUGUGAUCAAUGUGAAGAACUGUGUUGCAUUGAUCUAUAUAUCUUAAAACUUCAUUAUCAUGGUAGACAAAUUAAUGGGCAUACUAACUAUGAUGUCUCAUUGUCUUACCAUCCUAUGUUUUGAAUGUUUUUAGGCUUGCAUGUAGUUGAAUGUCUACAUAGACCAUCUUGCUUCUAUAUUUGGUUAUGAUUUUACUCA